UCUCAACUGCGCCAACCUCGACUACCGUGACGGUAGCCAGCAACGCCAUUGGUUUGGUCUAUCCGAUCGUGUCUUCAUCGGACCCGACUUGCCCAUCCCACGCCAUCAGAUACCUCUGACCGGGUCGAUUUUAACCACACCAGCCACGAUGGAGUCGUCUCGCGGCCCUCCCCGGGUCAAGAACAAGGCCGCGGCGCCUGUCCAGAUCUCAGCGGAGCAGCUGCUUCGUGAGGCCGUGGACCGCCAGGAGCCCGCGUUGCAGGCCCCGACGCAACGCUUCGCCGACUUGGAAGAACUGCACGAAUACCAGGGUCGCAAGAGAAAAGAGUUCGAAGACUAUGUGCGCCGAAACCGGAUUAACAUGAACAACUGGAUGCGCUAUGCGGCAUGGGAACUGGAGCAGAAGGAAUUCCGUCGGGCGCGUUCGAUUUUUGAACGGGCGCUGGACGUCAGCCCGACCUCCGUGGUACUGUGGAUUCGCUACAUCGAGUCGGAGAUGCGGAAUCGCAACAUCAACCAUGCCCGGAACUUGCUCGACCGCGCCGUGACGAUCCUUCCCCGGGUGGAUAAGCUCUGGUACAAGUAUGUCUACAUGGAGGAGACUCUGGGCAACGUCCCCGGCACGCGACAGGUCUUUGAGCGGUGGAUGUCAUGGGAGCCGGAGGAGGGCGCUUGGAGUGCAUACAUCAAGCUGGAGAAGCGGUACAAUGAAUUCGAGCGGGCGCGGGCCAUCUUCCAGCGGCUCACAAUUGUUCACCCCGAACCCAGAAAUUGGAUCAAGUGGGCGAGAUUCGAAGAGGAGUAUGGCACGAGCGAUCUGGUGCGGGAAGUCUAUGGCAUGGCGAUUGAGACGCUGGGCGAGGACUUUAUGGACGAGAAGCUCUUUAUUGCGUAUGCGAAGUUCGAGGCGAAACUCAAGGAGUAUGAGCGUGCUCGGGCGAUCUACAAGUAUGCCCUGGAUCGACUCCCUCGUUCCAAGUCCAUGACGCUGCACAAGGCCUACACGACCUUUGAGAAACAAUUUGGCGAUCGGGAAGGCGUGGAGGACGUGAUCCUGUCGAAACGCAGGGUUCAGUAUGAGGAGCAACUGAGAGAGAACCUGCGGAACUACGACAUCUGGUUCGACUUUGCCCGGCUCGAGGAGACCUCGGGCGAUCCCGACCGGGUUCGCGACAUCUACGAGCGCGCCAUCGCGCAGAUACCACCCUCGCAGGAGAAGCGACACUGGAGACGGUACAUCUACCUCUGGAUAUUCUACGCCAUCUGGGAGGAACUGGAGGCCAAGGACGUCGAACGGGCCCGUCAGAUCUACAACGAGUGCCUGAAACUCAUUCCCCACAAGAAGUUCACUUUCGCCAAGAUCUGGCUCAUGAAGGCGCAGUUUGAAAUCCGACAGAUGAAUCUCCAAGCGGCCCGGAAGACGCUCGGCCAGGCCAUCGGCAUGUGCCCCAAGGAUAAGCUGUUCCGGGGAUACAUUGAUCUAGAACGCCAGCUGUUCGAGUUCGUACGGUGCCGGACGCUGUUCGAAAAGCAGAUUGAGUGGAAUCCGUCCAACAGCCAGUCGUGGAUCAAGUACGCCGAGUUGGAGCGCGGCCUGGAUGAUACCGACCGUGCGAGAGCCAUCUAUGAGCUUGGCAUCGACCAGGCGACUCUGGAUAUGCCCGAGUUGGUCUGGAAAUCAUACAUCGACUUUGAGGAGUACGAGGGCGAAUACGACCGAGUCCGACAGCUCUACGAGCGUCUUCUGGAGAAGACGGACCACGUCAAGGUCUGGAUCAACUACGCGCGGUUCGAGAUCAACGUGCCCGACGAGGAGGAAGAGGAAGAAGAGGAGGAAGAACGGCCGAUCAGCGAGGAUGCCAAACGACGUGCUCGCGCCGUGUUCGAGCGGGCCCACAAGGUGUUCAAGGACAAGGAUCUCAAGGAAGAGCGCGUGGAACUCCUCAACGCCUGGCGAUCAUUCGAGCACACGCACGGCUCGCCGGAGGACAUCGACAAGAUCGAAAAGCAGAUGCCGCGGCGGGUCAAGAAGCGACGCAAGUUGGACGACGACCGGUACGAGGAGUACAUGGACUAUGUAUUCCCGGCGGACGACCAGUCGGCGGCGAAUCUGUCGAAGCUGCUGCAAAGAGCACACCAAUGGAAGCAGCAGCAACAGGGUGGCGCAUAAGAUACUUAUAUUCCGUAGGGGUGACAUACAUAGUAGGGUUAUGGCAGAGAUACCUAAUAAUCCGUUGACUCCAACCCUACCUCGUAACACCGGUAAAGGGUUGAACAGAGUCGAUCCCUCCAAGCCAGUAUCCCAGAACAAAUCAAUCUACC